CUUGAAAUGCGGCGCUGACCUCCAGCCGGUUACGGGCCCCGGCCUUCCUUCCCCCCCCGCCUUCCGCCAUGGCAGCCCGCUUGGUGCGACGCUGCUGCUGGCGGCACUUCGGUGCUUUCGUCUCUACCCCUUCCGCGGGGCCCGCGCCGCCGGCCGGGAAGGCGGCGACGGCAAGAGCUUUGCCUCAAGCGCCUUUCACUUUAUUUCAUACUUCAAGCCCUUCCAGCUGGGCAGACGGAUUCUCGGUCAAAGAGCAGGUGGAGGACAGCAGAAAUCCGGAGCACAAAGUGAUCGGGGAACUGAUCGAAACAGCCACGAGUCCUCAGGAACUCUUCCAGUUGAGCGAAUUCCAUGCUCUUAAUAGCAACCAAGCCUCGCUAAUAAUUACUCAACUUUCCCGACUUGCGGUGGAAAAAAACCUGGCAGCGGAGAGCAUUCUGCGAGAUGAACGCUUCCAACGGCUCGUCGGCAUCACGGAUUCCCAGAUUUCUCAGGUGUGGAAUAACACCUUGGUGAACCUCCUGAAGAGCCUCUGCUCCCUGGGGAUGGACAGCAACAGGAGGGAGAUGCAGUCGGUGGAGCAGGAGGUGCUGUGGCGGCUGCGGCGCCUCACCUUCAGGCAGCUCGCCUCCCUGGCGGAGUUCUUGGCAGUCAAGCAGGGGAAGGAGAGCAGGCUGCUGAACGAAGUCAUCAAGAAGCUGGAGCUGCGUUGGACAGAGCUCGAGGGCACCCGAACCGUGGUGACGCUGAUGGGCAAGGUCGGGCACGUCUCCCCGGCUCUGAUGGAUCGGCUGGAGGACAAGGCUCUGGAACUUGCUGAACAGUUCAACCCCGAUGACAUCCGGAAAAUAAUGCUGGCUCUAGCCUACCAGAACCGGCGCUGUGUGCCUCUGCUCCGAGCCUUGUCCUACCACCUGAUUCAGAAGCACUCUGAGCUCAGCCUCAGUGUCCUGAUGGACCUGAUUUUCGCCUACGGUGAGAUGCUACAAGUAGUUGUACAAGCGCUGGCGGGCGCUCGGGGCGGCGGCAGCCACCUUGGUGAUGUUCCUGGCCACAGGUAUGUCCUGGACAACACCAAGCAGCUGUCGGUCACCCAUCUGUGCAGUAUCGUCCUGUCUUUUGCUCGCCUGAACUUCCAGCCUAGCGGAAGCGAGGACUUCUUCAGCAUGGUCCACGAGGAGCUCCAGAGCCAGCUGGACAGCCUGGAGCCUCACCUGCUGACGGACCUGGUGUGGUCGCUCUGCGUGCUGCAGCAGGCCAAGGCUCCCUACCUGCAGCGAGUGCUAGCGCCCGACUUCCACGCUCGGAUCCGAGGCGAUCAGUCCCUCAAGGCCCAGAAUUUACGGCUGAAGCUCAUCCACAUCAACGCUGCUGCCAAGCUGGAAAGCCCCGACUACCGGGGGCCGUUCCUGCCGGCAGAGAUGCUCAGCCCCGCGGAGCCGGCGGGAGAGAAGGUCACCCUGCUGCAGAGCAGCCUGCGGGAAGCAUUGGCGGGGGUGCUGGGGAGCCGGGAGAACGGGCGCUUCGACGCACGCACCAUCUACGGCUGGCAGAUCGGUGAGUGCGCCCUCUCCCCGCCUCCGGUCGCCUUCCUCCGGUGGGAGUUCCCCAACUUCAGCAACAGAAGCAAGGACCUGCUGGGCCGCUACGCCAUG